GUCAAAUGUCAAACAGAAAUGCGUUUAGAGUCCUGAUAUGCGUGUAAUGACAUGCAACGAAAAUUUCUUGAAGACUGAAUGAAUCAUGGAGGACACACAAACAUUCAGCGAUGGAGAUUUUUCUCCUGGAUGCAGUAAAUUAUGUGAGAGAUCAAACUCACCAGAGCCCAGCUGUGUGUCCAUGAAGAGUGUUGAAUCUAUGGAUGUCCCUUUAAAAUUUGCUGAAGGAAACACACCUACUGAUCUGAGUCGAUUCCAGAAGGAACGCUCAAACUCACCGGAGCCCAGCUAUGUGUCCAUGAAGAGUGUUGAGUCUAUGGAUGUACCUUUAAAAUUUGCUGGAAAAUACACAUCAACUGAUCCAAGUCGAUUCCAGAAGGAGCGAUCAAACCAACCGGAGCCCAGCAGUGUGUCUAUGAAGAGUGGCGAGUCUAUGGAUAUUCCAUUAAAAUUUGCUGGAAGACGCACAUCAACUGAUCCAAGCCAAUUCCAGAGAGAGCAAUCGAACCAACCGGAGCCCAGCUGUGUGUCUAUGAAGAGUGACGAAUCUAUGGAUGUACCGUUAAAAUUUGCAGGAAGACACCCAUCAACUGAUCCGAAGUACAAUGUUUCUGUCUGGAUAAAUUGUCGAUUCCAGAAGGAGCGAUCAAACCAACCGGAGCCCAGCAGUGUGUCUAUGAAGAGUGGCGAGUCUAUGGAUGUACCAUUGAAAUUUGCUGGGAGACACACAUCAACUGAUCCGAGUCAAUUCCAGAGAGAGCAAACGAGCCAACCAGAGCCCAGUAGUGUGUCCAUGAAUAGUGGUGAGUCUAUGGAUAUUCCAUUAAAAUUUGCUGGAAGACGCACAUCAACUGAUAUGAGUCAGUUCCAGAGAGAGCAAUCAAACCCACCGGAGCCCAGCUGUGUGUCCAUGAAGAGCGACAAAUCUAUGGAUAUACCAUUCAAAUUUGCUGGAAGACGCAGAUCGGCUGAUCCGAGGAAGAAAUCAAUCCCACAAGAGCAGAGAUGUGAGUCCAUGGAAGGAGACAGGCCUAGGGCAAUGUUUAUGCUAACAAAUAAGGGAGAAUCUAUCCCGAGAUUCAAAUCAAGUCUGCUGAAGAAGUUUCAGUGUCUGUGUGAAGGAAUAGCAAAGCAGGGAAACCCAACACUCCUGAAUGAGAUCUACACAGAGCUCUACAUCACAGAGAGUGAAAGUGGAGAGAUCAGUAAUGAGCAUGAGGUGAGACAGAUUGAGACAAAAUCCCGGAGAGCAGCAACAGAGGACAAACCAAUCAAAUGCAAAAACAUAUUUAGACUUUUACCUGGACAAGACAAAGCGAUCAGAACUGUGCUGACAAAGGGAGUCGCUGGCAUUGGAAAAACCGUCUCUGUGCAGAAGUUCAUGGUGGACUGGGCUGAAGGGAAAGAGAAUCAGAACAUCCAGCUUAUAUUUCCACUUCCUUUCAGAGAGCUCAACUUGAUGAAGGACAAAAAACUCAGUCUUUCAGAUCUUCUUCAUAUCUUUUUCCCUGACACAAAAGAAAUGAACAUAUCCUGUGAUGAAUAUAAUUUGUUGCUAAUCUUCGAUGGUCUGGAUGAGUGUCGUCUGUCUCUGGAUUUUCAGAGCAAUGUGAGGUUGUGUUAUGUUGGUGAAUCAGCCUCAGUGGAUGUGCUGCUGACGAACCUCAUUGUAGGAAAUCUGCUUCCCUCUGCUCUCAUCUGGAUCACCUCCCGACCAGCAGCAGCUGAUCUCAUUCCCUCUGAGUGUGUCCAUCGAGUGACAGAGGUACGAGGCUUCAAUGAUCCACAGAAGGAGAAAUACUUCAGUAAGAGAAUCAGUGAUCAGAGUCUGGCCAAUACAAUCAUCACACACCUGAAGUCAUCAAAGAGCCUCUACAUCAUGUGCCACAUCCCAGUGUUCUGCUGGAUCUCAGCCACUGUUCUAGAGAAGAUGUUGAGUGAAGCAGAGAGUGGAGAGAUUCCCAAGACUCUCACUCAAAUGUACACACACUUCCUGAUCAUUCAGACCAACAUCAAACAUGAAAAGGACUAUGAGAAGAAAGUGAAGGAUGAAGACAUGAUUGUCAGACUGGGGAAACUGGCUUUUCAGCAGCUUGUGAAAGGCAACCUGAUCUUCUAUGAGGAAGACCUGAGAGAAUGUGGCAUUGAUGAGACAGAAGCAUCAGUGUACUCAGGAUUGUGCACUCAGAUCUUUAGAGAGGAGUUUGGCUUGAAUCUGUGGAAAGUCUUCUGCUUUGUUCAUCUGAGCAUCCAAGAACAUCUCGCAGCUCUAUAUGCACAUUUCUCCUUUACAAAUUACAACAUCAGUGUCUUUGACCAAACCAAAGAAAGUCUGUUGUCUAAGGUUUUAAACCAGAAGAAAUGUAAUUUAAUAUCUGAGCUGCAUAUGAGAGCUGUGAAUGAGGCUUUACAGAGUAAGAAUGGACAUCUGGAUCUUUUCUUGCGUUUUCUUCUGGGUCUCUCAUUGGAGUCCAAUCAUGCUCUUUUACAAAAACUACUGACACAGACAGGAAGCUGUUCCUACAACAAAGAGGAAACAGUUCAGUACAUCAAACAGAGCAUUAGGGAGAAUCACUCUCCAGAGAGAUCCAUCAAUCUGUUUCACUGUCUGAAUGAACUGGGUGAUCGUUCACUGAUGCAGGAAAUCCAAGAUUAUUUGAGAUCUGGAAAAAUAGGAAAAACCAAACUCUCCUCUUCACAGUGGUCAGCUCUGGUUUAUGUGUUGCUGACAUCAGAGGAGGAGAUGGAUGUUUUUACAUUAAAAGACUUUAUUGGGGCCCAAAAUAGAGCAGAUGAAGUUCUUCAGAAGCUGCUGCCUGUGGUUAAAGAAUGCAGAUUUGCUUACUUGAGUUCUUGUGGUGUCACAGAUGAAGGUUGUGCUGCUUUGGCUUCAGCUAUGAGAUCAAAUCCCUCACAUCUGCAAAGUGUUGAUCUGACUGGAAACAAACUGAGAGCAUCAGGAGUGAAUCUGCUGUCUGAUGGACUGAAGGAUCCUCACUGUAAAGUCAAGAAUCUGUGGUUGAGUUAUUGUGAUGUCUCAGAUGAAGGUUGUGCUGCUUUGGCUUCAGCUCUGAGAUCAAACCCCUCACACCUAAGAGAACUGUAUCUGACUACAAAUAAACUAGGAGAUUCAGGGGUGAAGUUGCUCUCUGAUGGACUGAAGGAUCCUCACUGUCAACUGGAUACACUGUGGUUGGGUAAUUGUGGAGUCACAGAUGAAGGUUGUGCUGCUCUGGUUUCAGCUUUGAAAUCAAACCCAUCACACCUGAGAGAACUGUAUCUCUCUGAAAAUACACUAGGACACACAGCAGUGAAUCAGAUCUGUGAUCUGCUGAAGGAUCCUCGCUUUAAACUGGAAACUCUGUCGUUGAGGAAAUGCGGUCUCACACGUGAAAGUUGUGCUGCUCUGACUUCAGCUCGAAAAUCGUCACGCCUGAGAGAACUGAAUCUGUUCGAAAAUAACAGAUAGGGACUCAUAACUAAGUUGUACUCUGGUUUGAAGAGUUUGUAACCAAAUUAUAACCGGAAGACAAAAUUCAACAAAAUUCAACAAAAUUCAUCUUUGCACUAUAGAGGUGUACAGAAGAACACAAAAGUGUCAUUUUAGAUAUAUUUACAGAUUGUUUAGUAACAUUAAUGCAUUUAAAUUUAUCAUAAAGUUUUGAGAUGAAACUAAAACCGCCAGUGGAUGGCUGAAAGUGUCUGUCACUGAAUCAUUCAUUCAAAUGAUUUGCUCAAAUGGCUGAUUCAUUAAGGUCUGAAGCAAGUGACAUGUUGCAUCCCAAAUUGUGUACUUAUGCUGUGCCUUUAAAGUAUGUACGGUUUUGGUGAAGAAAAAGUACUCACUUUUGUGUAGUAGAAGAGUCAUUUUAGAGACUGGGUUUGACCUACUUGAAGGACAUUACUGGAGCCUUACUGGAGAACCUGAAAUGUGAAUUUUACCAGGGACACCCCACCAAAAAAACGUGCAGUUUAACAGAGAACCCCCUCAAAAUGCGAUUCGGCUAAUUUUGGGCUAGGUUCCUGGCAACCUGUGUGAGGAUCCUGAUUGUGGACUUCAGCUCGGCUUUCAAAACCAUCAUCCUGGAUACCCUUCUGAAUAAACUGAUGCAGCUCCAUGUACCCACCUCCAUCUGUCAGUGGAUUACCAGCUUCCUGACAAACAGGCAGCAGUGAGACCUGGAAAACUCACUACAAACACCCGCACCAUCAGCACUGGAGCUCCUCAGUGGUGUGUGCUCUCCUUACUUCUCCCUCUACACAAAUGAUUGCACAGCAGAAGACCCCACUGUCAACCUCCUGAAGUUUACAGAUGACACCACUGUGGAAAAGAUUGUGGACUUUUGUGGAUUUCCUCUACCGCUGGAAGAACUUAGACAAAUCCUAUAUGAUUAUAAUUGUGUAUUUAUUUGGUUUCUUGUUCUGUCUUUGUCCUGUAUCUUGAUUAAUAUUCAUAAUAAAUUUCAUAUCCAUUUAAUAACUUGUAUAACUUAGGUUUUUGGUUUGCGAGCUCUUUCUGUUGCUUUGGCUGAAAGAUUAACAGUAUAGUGAGACAGGACAAUAUAAUUUUGUGGAAAAUUAAUAUAAAUUCUCCUUCUUUCUAAAGAAGUUGAUGCAAACAUAUGAGUUUAUCAGUGUUUUUCUAUUGUGUUAUACGUGUAUGCCUUUGGACUUAAAUGGACUGACUUGAUUUACGCUUUUCUGUGAUUACAAAU